UGCACGUUCGCUCUUCUGGUGUUGGUGGUGAAGGGGUCGCCCAAGAAGUACAUGCCGGACGAAGGAUCGUUUUCGACGCGCUACUUCGAAUCGAACUUGCCGCAGCCGUCGAACAAUUCGCGUAUCGACGCCAAAAGCAAAGACACCAACGACCGUUUACGAUUUGGCAUACCGAUCGCGGCAUCAUACGGCAACACGGGAACUGGUGUUAACUACGGCAAUUCAAACGGAGUCGGCUACAUGAUAAGCCCCAUGAAGAUCGACAUUGGUGGCGUGGCGUUGGGCGCCCUUAUCGGGCUGGGCGCCAUCCUCGUCGUUCCCAAGUUGGCGCACAUUUUUUCUGGAGGAUACGGAUAUAGGAGCCUAGAAAACGAAAUGGGAUCAUUAACGGACGUAUUGGCCAGAGUAGACAAUACAUUGGAACAACAUAAUAUCGACAGCAGUUCUUGUAUGCAGCGAGUUAUUUGCAGCUACGUGCAUGAUGCUCAAAAGAAUAUCAAAAUGGGUGAGGCCAAUUCUGUGGACGAAUUCAUCUAUGCUCUAACAAAUAAUUCCCUGCUCUCGUAUAUGCUGGACGGGUCUACGGUAAAACAAGCAAUAGAUAUGGGAAAAUCCGGAGACACCGAAAAAUGUUCUUCCCUAUAUACAAAGUGUCCAAUAAGCAAAGAAAACAUAGCAAAAGUCGUGGCCAGCCUCCUUCCCGCCUGAUAUUGAAAUCGGUCGGUAA